GAGGAGGACGCCCGGCGCCACGUGCAGCAGGCGCUCUCUGACGCGUGGGCCUCGCUGGUGGCGCUGAGGCGCUUCCGGCGGGGGCGGGAGCUGGCCGAGCUGCACGAGUGGUCGCAGCUCCAGGGCGAGUGGUCGCAGCUGCGGAAGGACUGGCACGCCCUGCCGAGCGCGCUGCGGGACCUCGAGGAGGACCCUGCGGCCGCCGCGCGCGCGGAGGCCCUCCGCACGGGCGACCUCCGGAGCUUCCUGGCCGCCGCGCAGCUCGGGGCCGCCGCCAGCCUCGGCGAGCCCGCCGCCGCCUCGUCGGGCGACGAGGCCCCCGUUGGUGCGGCGGAGCGAAGGCAAUUCGCGGAGGCGGCGACGGCGCGGCGCUCCGCGGAGUCGAUGCGGCGCUCGGCGGCAGAGGGCUCGGUGGCGGCCGCCGCUGGCCUCGGCGAGCCCGCCGCUGCCUCGUCGGGCGACGAGGCCCCCGGCGAGACCGUGGCGCAGAGGCAGUUCGCGGAGGCGGCGACGGCGCGGCGCUCCGCGGAGUCGAUGCGGCGCUCGGCGGCAGAGGGCUCGGUGGCGGCCGCCGUUGGCCUCGGCGAGCCCGCCGCCGCCUCGUCGGGCGACGAGGCCCCCGUUGGUGCGGCGGAGCGAAGGCAAUUCGCGGAGGCGGCGACGGCGCGGCGCUCCGCGGAGUCGAUGCGGCGCUCGGCGGCAGAGGGCUCGGUGGCGACCGACGCUGGCCUCGGC